UUUCUUGCAGGGCAAAGUCAGGAACCCCACAUCAGCCCGCGACACACCCACGCACAUACAGAGAUAGAGCAUCUAGACAUAUUCUAGUCACGAAUUGCAAAUAUGGAUAUCAAUUCCCUUCUUUCCCCCCAAGAGUCGCCGGUCACGGAGACGCCGCCCUCAAAUCAGUCCAAUCCGCCUCAAGCACGUCGAACAAAGUCGUCGUCACGCACUCCACAAGUUGCACCUGUAGCCUCAUCACCGCUGAGCUCGUCGAAUGCGCCCGUAUUACCGCACAAUGUUCUCUCUCAGGCCCAGCAGAUGAUGCCAUCACCGCCAAUCAUAAGUCCUAGCACGGGUGUAGCUGCGAGUGCAACGAGUACUCCCUCGGCCGAAGGACGAGCUCCGCCUUUGACAAGGCAGCCUUCAACACCUGGAAUGGACACAUUGGCAGACUUGGCAACCAUGCAGCAUCAUCAGCAAGCAGCGCGGGCUAGUGCGAGCGGUUUACGCAGUGCUGAGAUUUACGAUGCAGCACGCGUUCCUUCCCCCGCCCGAUUUCCUCUCCACACUAUUCCUCGAACGCACAGCAACACUCGCGGGGCCAUGGACCUCUCAAUGACGGACGCUCCUGCACAAACUCCUCCUCCCCGGACCUUUACUGCGACUUCUCUCUCCGAGUCCGAUUUGAAGACGGUUGCUGAGCUUGUCGGAUAUCUUGCCGAGAACCCUUAUGCCUACGAAUCUCAUGUGCAAUUGAUUAAGCUCUUACACCAGGGUUUCAUCUCGCAUAUAUAUCCAGCCGAGUCACCAGAUUCAACUGGAGACCCGCACAAGUACGACCUCUUGGACGAUCUUCGGAUGGCGCGGGAAGCGAUGGAAUCCAGAUAUCCGGUUGGAGAGGACAUUUGGGCCGACUGGAUUCAGGACGAGCAGACGCUGGCACGGACCACGGAGGACCGGAUUGGCGUCAUGGAGCUCUGUCAGCGAGCAGUCGAAGAGGAACUUGAGAGUACAAAGCUCUGGGUGCUUUACGGCAACUGGAUGCUUAACCUGUACCGCGCCGCCCAUUACGAGCCCGACACGAGCGAUGCACAGGAGGAUGCCGGCGCCGGCGUCGAUUGGUCUGAAGAGGACAAAAUCGUAGGCAAGGAGGUAUUCAGUUGGCAACAGAUGCUCGAGGUUUGGAGACUGGGAGUCGAAUCUACGCACCGCCGCAUGAAUGACAGCCACCUGGUCUGGGAUCGCUAUAUGGAGCUACACCUGGAAGAUCUAGCGCGGUCACCGACUACUGAAACCAUCCAGCGCUUAAAAGGUCUUUUUAUCGAAAGACUCCGAACGCCUCAUGCCACGUGGGACCAGACUUUUCAGAAUUUCUCCACUUUCAUUUCUACAUAUGACAACGCUUCUUAUGAGGACACAAUGGUGAUGACAACGAAAAUGAGUCAGGAAGCGAAGCAUACAUAUGGGCUCCGCGAGGUCUCGGAAGUGCAACUGCAACGCGCGGCAGAAUCCGGCGAUCGCAAUGCUGAAUGGAGGCUAUUCUCAGAGUAUCUGGACUGGGAGCUAGGUCAGAAGCGAAAGGGAAGAUCAGAUGCGCGCAUGUGCGCAACCUUGUAUGAGCGUGCUGUUCUUCGGUUCCCCAACGACCCUUCUCUAUGGGAGGACUAUGUUGCGUUGCUAGUUGAGGAUAAAAGUCACGGCCGACGAGGCAAUGUGCUUCCGGUUCUUGAAAGGGCUACAAGGCACUGUCCCUGGUCUGGCGAUCUUUGGUCGCAGUAUGUUGUGACGGCAGAAACUGAGAAAAUGGCAUUUGAAGACAUUGAAGAGAUCAAGCACAAAGCAACCAGUCGCGGUUUGCUCGAUGCUGGUACCAUGGAUGAAGUGCUUAAAGUGUACACUUCCUGGUGCGGAUUCCUUCGACGGAGAGCCUUUGCUCACGAUGCUACUGAUGAGGAAUUGGAUGUCGCUGAGGUAGGCAUCCGAUCGGCAUUAGAGAGCGUGCGUACAAUUGGCGAGAAAAAGGUUGGUCCAGAGUAUAAGGGCGAUCCACUGUAUCGGCUUGAGCGAAUCUAUAUCAAGUUUCUCUCUCAGAGCAGAUUGUAUGAGCCUGCACGUGAAGCUUUCCAAGGGCUUGUGCCCCAAUGGGGCACCAGCUAUGAAUUCUGGUUGCGGUUCUAUAAUUGGGAGAUGAGUAUCUGGGCCAGGCAGAAUGAGACUGGAAAGAACAAUGGCAAUCUGUCUGUGUUGCCCUCCCAUGCGACCGCCGCUCUACAGCAAGGCAUGAUGCGUGAGGAUGUCGACUGGCCAGAAAAGCUCAUUGAGACCUUUAUUCACCACUGCCAACAGCACGAGGAUGCUGAGGCCCUACAACUUGGCAUUGCUCAGGCCCGGAAGGCAACGAAACAGGUGAUGAAGCGACGGGAACGAGAAGCUAUUGAAGCAGCUCAGCAGCAGCAGGCCGCAGGUUACUUUGAUGCGGCCGCAGGAGCGGUAGCGCCCAGCGCCACUGAAGACCAAUAUAGUAUGGGUAAGAGAAAGAGGGAGGAGGAGGAGGAGGAGGAGGAGGAGGAGGCUGUCGCAGGUGCGGCCGCGAAGAAGAGCCGGGCCGAAGAGGCGCGUCCUUCAGAGCCGCAAGUGGAAGAACAGUCGGUCACUGCCGAAUCUAUGGCGAAGCGUGACCGCGAAAAUACUACUGUCCUCGUCAAGAACCUGCCAGCAGAUACGAGUGAGAACCGAGUACGACAAUUCUUCAGAGACUGCGGCAAGAUCAAUAGCAUAAAGCUGAUCCAAGAAGAUGACACGACGUCUGCUUCUAUUGAGUUCGAUACUAAAGAGGACGUUCUAGCAGCGCAAACAAGAGAUAUGAAGAACUUUGAGGGCAACUCGAUUGAAAUACAUCUCGGCACUGGCUCCACGCUGUUUGUCACAAAUUUCCCGCCAGCGGCAGAUGAGUCCUAUAUUCGUGACCUCUUCAAGGAGUUUGGCGAAGUUGUAGAUGUCCGCUUUCCGUCAUUAAAAUUCAACACGCACCGUCGGUUCUGCUACGUGCAAUUCAAGACCUCAGCGCAAGCACAGGCGGCAACAGCCCUCGAUGGCAAAACAGUUGGGGAGCAUCUGACUUUGAUUGCGAAAAUCUCUGAUCCUGCUCAUAAGAAGGCCCGCAGCGGAGCAAUCUACGAGGGGCGUGAGGUGUACGUAUCAAACUUGGAUUGGAGUGCAACAGAGGAUGAAGUCCGCCAAGCAUUCUCCAAGUAUGGUAAGGUGGAAAGGGCCAGGAUUCCCACAAACGUUGCAGGAAAGAGCAAAGGCGUUGCCUUCAUUAUUUUCCCCACCAAGGAGGAAGCGAAUGCAGCCCUUGAGAUGAAUCUCACAAAAUUCAAAUCCCGCGUUCUAAACGUUGUCAUCUCUUCUGCGGACCCAGCCAAGCGCCAAGCUACCAACAUAGUUGCUUCAUCUAGCAAAGCCGAGUCACCUGAGAGCUCCACUGUGGAGUUUAAGGCGGCAGAAGAUGCCGAACAACAGUCUCAUGCACACCGGGCUUCUUCACCAUCGGCCGGCCGGCCCACUCCUCAAGAAAUUCGUGCCAAAACCGUCGGUCUGCUAAAUGUUCCCGAUACUGUCAACGCUGCACGUAUUCGCUCCCUCAUGGAACCUUACGGCCCGCUCGUCAAAGUUAUCUUACGGCCUGACCACCAAGGCGCAAUUGUCGAAUUCAAAAACAUCAACGACGCUGGCAAGGCUUCGCUAGAUGUCGAGGGAUACGAGAUUGCUCCAGGUCGAAAACUCGGAGUCGGAUCUGUUGCCGAAAUGUUCCGUCAGGACGCCGAAAUCAAGUCCACCCGCAUCCAAACUGGAAAGAAUGCUCAAAAGUCCAAGCAGGCGGGUCCCUCGGCCCUUCAACCUGUGGCGCCUGUUCGGCGCCCGAAUCAACCCGGUGCCAGAAGAGGCGGCGGCAAGGGAGGAUUGGGGUCUCGACGGGGCGGUUUUGGACUUGGUGCUUCACGAUCUACAGAGAGCAGCGGCGACGGCGAUAAAUCACCAGAGAAAAAUGCAGAAGACAAGAUGCAGGGAGUGGAAACGGAGAAGCAAGAAAAGGGUGACGAGCCCGCUGCGCAAGAAGGUCAGACACAAAAGAAGUCGAAUGCCGACUUCAAGGCCUUGUUCUUGUCCGGUGGAAAGUAAAGAGAAGCACCGCCAUGUUUAAUUUAUAAUUAACGAUGUAUCACGAUGGAACUCGCCAAGACACGAAUGUGUUUCGAAAAAAGAAAUGUAUUGAUACGCAAGGAAUGCAUACACCAUUUCCCGUGUUCUACUGUCAGCAUAUGGAAACAAAAUGGGGCAACGCCAUAAAAAUAUGAAUGAGUUGAAACGGAGCUAAUUUCGGGGAGGUACUACGAUACGAACAGAGGCAGGGAGGCGAGCUUCUGCAUCUACAAAAGUUGCGGGUCGGUUUAUUUCAAUUGGUCAUUUGAAAUACCUCGU